CCUGACAGCCACUUUCUCCAGUGGCCUGAUCAGAGCCAGGAGUGAGAGCUGACUUUAUUUUGAACCCCUUCCUUCUGCAGGGAAGGAGAACUUUGAGACUUGGCACUUGCUGAGCUGAUGUCAGCUCACUUCCUCCGUCCGGAACAGAAAGCGUGUCUUUUCAUAUCAACAAGCAGCGGCCUGCCUCUCACCGACUGCAAACCGACACUGGAAUAGGAAAACUAUUCCUGAAUAAAAUACCCAUUUCACAGGCUCAGUGUGUUCACCAGAUGCCUUCACUUUACAUAGUGACAGAUUCUCUCUCUCCAAGCUGCUUUUUAACAGCAAACCGAGGGUGAAGUGGGAUUGUCCAAAGCUAGCUUGAUAAAGGAGCCAUGGGACAGAGACAGGAAACUCGCCACUUCCUUCAGUGGGAGCGGUGGAGUUUAACUCAGCCUCAGUGAAACAGACGCCUGCAUCUUCAAACAGAAUGUCUGCACUUUGAGGAAGACGACAGAGGCAGAGGUGAGAGUCCCAGAGAGAAACCCGAGGCGAAACGUGGAGCAGAGAUUCCUCUAAAACCCAAGUGAAGGUGAACUUUGUGUUUCUGACGGUGUGGGAGAUCUCAGUUGUUGUGAAGUGGAGUCAGUGACGUUGAGCUGGAGCCAAUUGUCUCCCAAGGCUGGUCAUCGGCUGCUGGAACUAAGCUGCAGGAUCAGCGGGACCAUCUGACUGGUGACCAGUGACUGGUGACUGGGACCUGGUGCCUGCAGGGGUGGGAGGAAUCCCUUCAAGAACUGCAUCGUUCACUGAGUGAGGUUCGGAAGGAAAAGGAGAGACUGGGCUCAGCGUUUCUCACCAGCUGCCCCACAGACUUUCAUAGCCAAUGAAGCGUAAUCACUGUCAUAAUGAAGGAAAUAGAGCACAGCAAGAUCCCACUAACAGCAAUGAGAUAAUGACCAGAAAAUCGUUUCCUUCGGUGUGACGUUAACCGAGAGAUCAAUAUUGGCCGGGACAGCGGGCAGAGAUUCCCUGCUCCUCUUUCAGAUGAUGCCGUGUUACCCUUUGCUACCCAUAAGAGCUGAGCAGUUAGUUAGAGUCUUGGCUUAACCUCAUGUCCACAGGGCAGCCCCUCUGAUAAUGCAGCACUCCCUCAGAGCUGCCCUGCAUUCUGAACUUUCACUGCAGCUCCCUGUCAGGCAGUAAACCUCCCAGAAUGCUGAACUUCCUGGCCACUUGGCUGACCUUUGUGAGCUGUGCUCUGAAUCCCGUCCUCUACGCUCUAAUCUCUAUUAAUGCCCCAGCUUUAAUCUCUAUGUUCAGACCCUGAUAUGGUAUUUGAAUCUGGAAUGUCGUGAUUCUGAGGGAGGUUUGUGGGCAGUAAGCUUUUCUGUCUCCAUCCUACAGUUAGUUAUUUGCACAAGGUUACAGCUGACCACUCAUUCCACUGGGAAAGGAUGAAGGUAACUCCAACAGAAUGACUGUGUGUUACUCUAUCUGCAAGUGAAGCUGACGAUUAUGACUUGAGCCCCCAAGGUUACUGGGAAUCAGGGAGCUGACUGAAUUCAUGAAAGUGUUAGUUUUGAAUUGAAUGCUCCCAGUGACAUUAAAGAUGAGCAAUCUUCACAGUGGGAUCCCAUCAGGGUUUGGAUCCAAUAGCAGUGGACAACCUCGACCAUUAUUGGCAGAAACCGCUACCCAGGCAAUUCUCUAUCUACUCAUCCUAAUCAUUGGCCUUCCGCUGAACACCCUGGUCCUGCUGUUGGUCUACAAGUGUCGAGCGUUGAGGAGCAUCACCAAUGCAUUUGUGGCCUCCCUGGCCCUGGCUGAUUUUCUGAUCACUCUUUUGGGCCUGCCUGUCAUUGUCAUAGCAACCAUUGCCCAGAGUUGGCCCUUUGGUGGGACAUUUUGCCAAAUCUCGGGCUUCCUAACCUUCUCACUGAGGAACGUCUCCAUCCUGUCGGUGGCUGGCAUUGCAGUGGACAGAUAUUACGUCAUUGCGAGGCCCUUCAUCCUCACCGUAACCCGGGACAGAGCUCUCAAGAUGAUUGUCUUCCUGUGGUGGAGUGGGCUGCUCGGUGGAAUCCCACCACUCUUUGGUCUUGGGCUCUAUAAGUUUUCUCCCACCAGGUGUUUGUGUGACUUCAGUUGGCCUGAUGGAGGAUCCAGUCUGGCGUAUGGGAUCUACCUCUUCAUUUGGAUCUACCUGACCUCUUUGCUAAUACUCACCAUCUCCUAUUACUUAAUCUACCAGGUCACCCGUGACCACAUGAAGUAUAAAGCCCAGCGUCUCGCCAGCAGCCUGUCCCCUGGGUCAGGAGAUGGCUCCAUUCCCAGUGAACUGAAGUCUUUCAGGCUGUUGCAGGCAAGUCUUUCAAGGAAGUGGGCGAGCUUCAUGUCUUCCAGUUCGACGUUUAAUCUGAACACCAGCAGCCCUUCUGGCGUAGCGAUGGAGUCCAAGACAGCGAAAACCAUAGUAGCUGUGAUAACAACCUGCCUGGUGACCUGGCUUCCCUACUUCAUUCUGAACUUUCACUGCAGCUCCCUGUCAGACAGUAAACCUCCCAGAAUGCUAGACUUCCUGGCCACUUGGCUGACCUUUGUGAACUGUGCUCUGAAUCCCGUCCUCUACGCUCUCCUGAACCGCCAGUUCAGGCACUGUCUCAGGGAGAACAUGCGGCUCUGGUUUCGACUCUCCGCUCAACAAGCUUCGGGAGAUGCCUCAAGGCUGGCUGGCACCACCCACAACGGGGGCAUCGCCAGAAGCCAGGCUGACGUUGGCGAUGGCUCAGCCCCUUUCUCCACUCGGCGAGAUUUGUCAAGGCCAGCGUCCCGAGCGUUCCCUGUGGAUUCCUCACUCUUCAGGAAUCCUCUGGUGAGGCCACGAUCAGCAUCCUUCCAGCAGAGAACAGUUCCUACUCAGAGACAUCACAGUCACGCAGCACUGUGAGGCUGAGUCUAAUACUAACCUGACCCUGCAAAUGGUCACUGAGCCUUGGCAAUGGACUGGAAUCCCUGGAAAUGGCCCAGUGAGCCUUGGCAAUGGACUGGAAUCCCUGGGAAUGGCCAGUGAGCCUUGGCAAUGGACUGGAAUCCCUGGGAAUGGUCAUUGAGCCUUGGCAAUGGACUGGAAUCCCUGGGAAUGGACAGUGAACCUUGGCAAUGGACUGGAAUCCCUGGGAAUGGUCACUAAGCCUUGGCAAUGGACUGGAAUCCCUGGGAAUGGACAGUGAGCCCUGGCAACAGAAUGGAAUCCCUGGCAAUGGUCACUCAGCGUUCACAAUGAUCAGUGACUUCUCUCCCCAGUGGCAAAUGUCACUGACCGAUGGCCAGUGACUCUCCAGUAAUGGGCAUUGAUCACUAACAAUGAGCAUUAAUCACCAGUAAUGAGCACUGACUAUCAAUAAUGGGCAUUGAUUGCCAACAAUGGGCAUUAAUAUCCAACAAUGGGUAUUGAUCAUCAAUAAUGGGCAUUGCUCAUUAAUAAUGGGCAUUGAUCACCAGCAAUACACCAACCAGCAAUUGGUUUUCUGAUAUUGAAACACUGGGAUCAUUUUAAUUGACAGUUAACAGGAGAUUAUCUGCAUGUGAAAAUACAACAAGACCUCACCGACCAGGACAUGUCCAAGUCAGAAAGGGAAUGGCCUAGAAUUCCAACAGAUUGUUCACUGCUGUAUCUGAACUGUUUCCCAGUGGCUGCCAGUUAAGACAUUAUUUCUAAUCUGAUAGUUCAAUCCUCCUGAAAGAAAAAUGUUGGCAGCACAAGGCUUGGUUCAACAGAUCGACCUGACAGACAUGAGACCCAAUAUCAGGGAUUCGUGGACAUUAACUGCAAAAGAAAUAUCCGCUCUGGUCAAAGCAUGUGAAUUAUCAAAUGAAAAUGCUCAGCCUAUAACAACCAAUUGUUGGCAAAUUAAACUUUGACACUUCCUAAUUUACCAAAAA